AUGUGGAAGGUUCAUAUCAUCUCUACAGAAACCAUCAAACCAUCAUCUCCAACUCCUCCUCACCUUUCCAAGAUCCUGCUCUCCUUGCUGGACCAGCUCAACCGUCCGCACUACAUCCGCUUUGUUCUCUUCUACUCCAACAAUGGCGGCAGCCCACUCGAUAAUUGUCAACAGCUGAAGAAAUCUCUAUCAGAAACCUUGAGCCGCUUCUACCCACUAGCUGGUCGGAUAGAAGGAGACAGCUCGAUCGAGUGUAACGACAUGGGUGCUGGUUUCAUACAAGCCCGAGUCGACGGUCAGCUUACGGAGUAUCUCCGAAUGCCUGAUAUCAAGGCAGUCGAUGGAUUCCUCCCUUGCGAGCUUACUCGCACCAGGUCUGGUAGGGAUGUCCUUCUGGCAGUCCAACUCAACUCAUUCGACUGUGGGGGACUGGCGAUCGGCGUCGGCAUAUCACACAAGGUCGCCGAUGCGGCCUCUUCGUUCAUGUUCCUCAAUGGGUGGGCCGCGACGGCUCGUGGGGCUGCUGAUGAAGUGAUGGCCCCCACUUUCGAGUUCGCUAAGCUUAUCCCACCGAUAGAAAUCCCACCGUCUAUGCAGAACUCUAUGCCCAUGGAAGAGAAUCUCGUGACCAAGUGUUUUGUGUUCGACGGCUCAAAGAUUGCCGCGCUACGUACUAGAGCUACCGGUGCCUCGUACGUGGGCCAGCCCACCCGUGUUGAGACAGUAUCGGCGCUCAUCUGGAGAUGUAUCAUUAAGCUGAGACCCUCGACGGCAUCCGUCGCAUUUCAUAUCGUUAAUUUACGUAGACGGAUGGUGCCGCCAUUGCCAGACCAUUUGUUUGGCAAUUUUAUAAGCAUUGGUGCAACUUCACCAGUAAUAGAUGGAGUGGGAGAUGGGGACAUGCAACACUACUUAGAAAGCGAACUCAAGGAUGCAAUAAGGAAAGUGGACGGUAAUGAUAUUAUAAAAUUGCGAGGACUAGAUGGGCCUCAAGAGAUCCUUGCGUUCCUUAAAGCUUUGAGUGAGAAGUGUUCUAGUCAAUCCGGUAUGGAUCUUUGUUACUUCAAUAGUUGGUGUGGUUUUCCCAUCUAUGAUGUGGAUUUCGGUUGGGGACGGCCCAUUUGGGAUGUUACACUUUCAAAGGUAGCACUAAAAAAGCAGGGCAAAACCAUCGGUGUUGACAUUCUCCGACUGCUUUUAGCCAUCAGUAGGGCCGUUGGGAAAGGAGGUGUCAGUGUUUGUUGCCGAUAG